AGUGAUAAUAGUAUUGUUGCCAACACGUUUUCUUUAUUCGUUGCCCUCCAUAAAUAAUUGGCACGUAACUAAAACUGGAUCAUCAUCUUUAUCAUCACUUCCUUCUCUUCGUCUCCCACCUCCCGUGACCCUGAUUCUGCAUUCUCAAGUGUAGCUUGUGCAAAUGUGCAUAAGGGAAGAGAUUGUACAUGCAUAAUAGUUGGAAUUCACAUAUCAGGAUCAAACUCCUACCUCAGUCUACAGCUAUGGCUACUACUAAGAUAUACAUAGUGUACUACUCUUUACAUGGACAUGUAGAGACUAUGGCACGUGAAGUACAGCGAGGGGUGAACGCAGUUGAAGGUGUUGAAGGAACACUUUGGCAGGUUCCUGAGACACUUUCUGAUGUAAUAUUGCAAAAGAUGAAGGCCCUUCCUAAGGCAGAUGAUGUGCCAGAGAUAAGGCCAGAACAACUUUUGGAAGCUGAUGGUUUUCUCUUUGGAUUUCCAUCGCGUUUUGGUGUGAUGUCAGCUCAAUGCAAGGCCUUCUUUGAUUCCACUCAUGAAAUAUGGGAAACACAAGCACUUGCCGGCAAACCUGCUGGAAUCUUCUGGAGUACUGGAUUUCAUGGGGGAGGCCAGGAGCUUACUGCAUUAACAGCAGUAACACAGUUGGCACAUCAUGGCAUGAUAUUUGUCCCUCUUGGUUACACAUUUGGAAAAGGUAUGUAUGAAAUGAACGAGGUAAAGGGUGGCUCUUCUUAUGGUGCUGGAACAUUUGCAGCAGAUGGAUCUCGUCAACCAACAGAACUGGAACUACAACAAGCCUUUUACCAGGGUAAAUACUUAGCUGGUUUUGCAAAGAAGCUCAAAAACUAAGGCCUUUUGGUUUCGCUAUAACCAUACAUAGACAACGUCAAGCUGUUGUAUACUCAUGUACUCACUAAAAAGAGUGAUCGACUAUAAGCUGAUGCAACAAGUCCAGUAAUUUCAGUUCAUCUCUUUGUUUAUCUGUCGCAAGUUUGUCAUUGUUUUUAAUGUAGUCAAGAUGAAGUGCAUUCCCACAUCUGAGACAAUCCUAACAUCAUAUCUUCUCCCUUC